CCCCGGCACCGCCUGGAGCCCAUGGACACCAUCUUCGUCAAGAAUGUGAAGGAUGAUGGCCCUGCCCACAGAGCGGGGCUUCGCACAGGAGACCGGCUGGUGAAGGUGAACGGGGAGAGCGUCAUUGGGAAGACCUACUCCCAGGUCAUAGCUCUGAUCCAAAAUAGUGAUGACACUCUGGAGCUCUCCAUCAUGCCCAAGGAUGAGGACAUCCUCCAGCUGGCCUACUCCCAGGACGCCUACCUGAAGGGGAACGAGCCCUAUUCUGGAGAGGCCCGCAGCAUCCCAGAGCCGCCCCCGAUCUGCUACCCACGCAAGACCUACGCCCCGCCAGCCCGGGUCUCCACCUGGGCCACUAUGGUGCCUGAGCCCAUCUCAGCACUACCUAGUAACCCUCGGAGUCCUGCUGCCUGGAGUGACCCAGGGCCCCGCAUCCCGUCUACCACCCGUGCCCAUCCGAACAACUCUUCUUUGGGAAUGAGCCAGCCCCGCCCCAGCCCUGGUGCCUUCCCCCACCUCCCGUCGGAGCCCCGGACUCCCCAUGCCUUCCCGGAGCCUGGCAGCAGGGUGCCCCCCAGCAGACUGGAGUGCCAGCAGGCUUUGUCACACUGGCUGUCAAACCAGGUACCCCGCAGGGCAGGGGAGAGACGGUGCCCAGCCAUGCCUCCCCGGGCCCGCAGCGCCUCCCAGGACCGGUUGGAAGACAUGACUGCCCACCACCCGUGGCCCUGCUCCACUUCCCAGGAUGCCUUGAGUCCACUGGGCCAGGAGGGCUGGCACCGAGCUCGCUCAGACAACUACCUGAGCCGGGCCACCCGCUCGGCUGAGGCACUGGGGCCAGGGACACUGGUGUCGCCCCACUUUGAACGCUGUGGCUGGGCUCCCCAGCGUCCAUCCACCCGCACCCCUGCCUGCCCUCCUCGGGACCUGCUGGGCCCCCAGGCCCCACCCCCACCUGGCCUGCAGGGUCUGGAUGACAGUGGGUACAUCGGGUACCGGAGCUACAGUCCAUCAUUCCAGCGCCGGACUGGCCUCUUGCACGCACUCUCCUUCCGGGACUCACCCUUUGGGGGGCUGCCCACCUUCAACUUGGCCCAGUCCCCUGCACCAUUCCCGCCAGAGGCCUCCGAACCACCCAGGGUUGCCCGGCUGGAACCCAGCACCCGGUCCCUGGAUCCUCCAGCUGAGGAUCACCGUGAUGAGGUGGUCCUGAGGCAGAAGCCUCCGACAGGUCGCAAGGCCCAGCUGACCCCUGCAAGGCAGAUGAACCUUGGAUUUGGUGAUGAGUCCCCAGAGCCAGAGGCCAGUGGGCGAGGGGAACGCCUGGGCAGGAAGGUGGCCCCUUUGGCUGCUACUGAAGACUCUCUGGCCUCCAUUCCCUUCAUCGAUGAGCCCACCAGCCCCAGCAUUGACCUCCAAGCCAAGCACGUCCCUGCCUCCGCUGUGGUCUCCAGUGCCAUGAACUCGGCCCCCGUGCUGGGCACCAGCCCGUCCUCCCCAACCUUCACCUUUGCCCUCAGCCGCCAUUAUUCGCAGGACUGCAGCAGCAUCAAGCCUGGCCGCCGCUCCUCCUACCUGCUGGCCAUCACCACGGAGCGCUCCAAGUCCUGCGAUGAUGGGCUUAACACCUUCCGCGACGAGGGCCGGGCUCUGCGGCGCCUGCCGAACCGAGUACCCAGCCUGCGGAUGCUUCGAAGCUUCUUCACCGAUGGGUCCUUAGAUAGCUGGGGCACCUCUGAAGAUAGAUCGGGCAGGGCUCCCCGCACGAUGGGCUUGGUGGGAGGCCACACGCGGGCCGUACUCAUCCUGUCUGGUCUGUUCGCUCUGAGGGCAGAGAAAGCGGGCAGCGGCCUGCGCCAGUGGAAGCGGGUGUACGCCGCGCUGCGGGCGCGCUCGCUCUCGCUGAGCAAGGAGCGGCGGGAGCCCGGGCCGGCGCCCGUCUGCAUCGGCUCCUGCCUGGUGGACAUCUCCUACAGCGAGACCAAGAGGAGGCACGUGUUCCGGCUGACCACCGCUGACUUCUGUGAAUAUCUCUUUCAGGCUGAGGACCGGGAUGACAUGCUGGGCUGGAUCAGAGCGAUCCGGGAGAACAGCAGGGCCGAGGGCGAGGACCCCGGCUGUGCCAACCAAGCUCUGAUCAGCAAGAAGCUUAAUGAUUACCGCAAAGUGAGCCAUAGCUCUGGUCUCAAAGCUGAUUCCUCCCCAAAAGGCUCUCGCGGCCUGGGGGGUCUCAAGUCUGAGUUCCUCAAGCAGAGCACGGCACGUGGCCUCAGGACUCAGGACCAGCCUGCCGGGAGCAAGGAUGACAGUGCUGCUGCCCCCAGAACCCCCUGGGGCAUCAACAUCAUCAAGAAGAACAAGAAGGCAGCCCCGCGGGCAUUUGGGGUCCGGCUGGAGGAGUGCCAGCCAGCCACAGAGAACCAGCGUGUCCCCCUGAUCGUGGCUGCAUGCUGUCGCAUUGUGGAGGCACGGGGGCUGGAGUCCACGGGCAUUUACCGAGUGCCUGGCAACAACGCAGUCGUGUCCAGCCUGCAGGAGCAGCUCAACCGCGGGCCCAGUGACAUCAACCUGCAAGAUGAGGUGGGUGCAGGUGGGGGUGUGCGGAACGAGGGCCGA